AACACGUGAUGGAGACCCCUCUCGAGAAGGCCCUGACCACCAUGGUCACCACAUUCCACAAAUACUCGGGGAGAGAGGGCAGCAAGCUGACCCUGAGCAGGAAGGAACUGAAGGAGCUGAUAAAGGAGGAACUGCAUCUUGGGGAGAAGAUGAAGGAGAGCAGCAUUGAUCGGCUGAUGAAGAGCUUAGACAAAAACAGCGACCAGGAGAUCGACUUCAAGGAGUACUCGGUGUUCCUGACCACCCUGUGCAUGGCCUACAACGAUUUUUUCCUGGAGGAUAACAAAUGACCAUCCUGCCAACCCUUGUCCCUGACCUUGGCAGCCCUUCUCCCAGAUCUUCUUUGGCCCCUAUUCCUCCUGUUUCUCCCACUCUCCUUCCAGCA